AUGAAUCUAUUCACUCCUAAUCAUGUAAAGCUCCUCAAUUCAUGCUAUCCUCCAACCUCGUCUCUCCUCACAGCUGGGCCCGAAUAUUCACCAAAUUCACAUGAACUUAGCCGACUGACCUACUAUGCGUCAAACCAUCCAGGGAAGCUGGCCAAGAUUGCAGGCGAAUUAGAGAAGCGUUUGAAGGCAGAAUGCAAGAAAGCGAAAUCGGGAAAUAUUCGAUCCAGGGCCUCCUUAUUAAUAUCACUGUCAAUAUUUCGGUCUCUUGCCACGGAAUGCAGAAGGGAUAUUGCCCUACUGUCUCCUUCUCUGAUUGGAUCCGUCGAUUAUACUUUAGCGUCGCUUUUAAUGGAUCUUGAAGUUACUGCAAGGGCUGCGACCGUUUUCACUGCAUGGACCACCUACACGAAUGGUCAUCUUAUUGGAGCUGAUAGCAACAUGACAAAGGACUAUCUGUCAAUAUUGAAGCAAUUUGCUACCCUAAGCUGUUCAAUAUCCUCUGACCAGGAAACACAGAAUCGCACACGACUAAUAGGUCUUGCUGCCCUGACGGCUGCGUUGAACUCUGAAGCUUUAUAUAAUGAUAUCGGAAACUUUGGAACCCAAGUCUCCAUUAUCUUGUGUCCUAUCAUGGUCAUUCUCUUUGAGACUCCUCUGUCUACUCUGGACGACCAAUUUUCUGCAGUUAAAGAUUCCUCCGCUUCUCCAUACCUGGCUGAGUUCAGAACAAGACCUGCUUUAGAGCGUCGGGCGGCGUCAAUCCAUAUCCACGUCGAUGGGGACAAAGGACCGUCAUCUUCUGACGUUUCUGAUGCAUCUUUGCACGCACUAUUCUCCCUUCUCAACCAUGCUAAUGGCGCUCAACUGGGCUAUAUCAUGCAGUCCUCGUUUGACAAUUUGGAUUCAUUGCAGAAGUGGUCCGAAUACGAUCACUGCUGUUGGUAUGCUCAGAGAGUCGCGGAAUGGGCCCAGUACCAAUAUCGCUAUGUCGUCCCCACUUGGCUCGUGGAUCGCUUGUUAUCCCAACCAGAAAGCCCUGGAAGCACUGUUCUUUAUCAAACCUUGGUGGCUAUGGUUACUUCUGUAUUCAGCGCUCCGACACCACUCAUUAAUUUGUCUUCUUCGGACAUCAUGUCCAAUCUGCUGACACUUAUGCUUCGAUGUAUUUCUAUUAACCCUGAGGACGUCACUCUUCCUGCUUUGGUGGAAUGUAUAUCUUCAUUAGGAUGUCAUGUAUAUUAUUCUGAUCAAAUACAAGACCUGGCGGGCGAAUUGGUCGGUCGGCUUGUUUCCAUUGAAGUUCAGGGAGUCCUUGGAAGGGACAAGGCCACAUCGCUCCAAACCAGGUCAUCAGCCAUCCGUUGCCUCUUAGAAGGUUUGCUUGGUCUUGUCCGUGCCGCCAAUGCAAACGAGAGAGUCGAAUCGGCGGAUGAAACCUCUAAAAGAUGUUCUCCAGAGCCAAAAUCCAGAACAUCUCUAGACACCUCUCGCUUAGAAAGAACAGAUGAAAGGGCAUCCCGACGCACCAGAGUGCCUCCUGACAUCUGGCAAGAUACUUUGAGUCUUUUGUGCGAUAGCGACCCACUGGUACGAGAGGAAUGUUCUAACGCAUUGGUUUAUUAUAUAACCCAAGAAAUGCCCAAGCACGGGGAAAGUAGUGAACCCGCAGCAGUGAAGCCUAUGCGACGUAUUGCCGACACAUUCCGUCAUCAUGUUGGCGUCCAUCCAAGUAUUGGGGAUUCCGGCAGCAAAUUCCUCAAUUCUGUGCAUGCUUAUCUUUACAUUCUCGCCACUUCCCCGACGUUGGGAAUAUCGCCCUCGGUUGUAGGCAAUGCUCGCCUUUCUUCAUACGACGAUUCUUCUUCCAAUGCCCCACCGCCUAUCAUAUCUGAUUUGCACCAUGAUUUGGGAGAAAACCGUUCUGCACCAUCUCCAAGCAGUAAUCGCCGUUCUAUCGGCGGCCAUAAUGUCUCAAGAGCUCGAAAGGAAUCUUUGGUUCUCGGCCUUCUAGAGAGAACACCAUCUCAGUAUACCACUUCUGCCAAGGCCUCAGAGGAAGACUAUGCCCACCUUCUAAAGAUACUCACAACAAUCCAGUCGCGCAUGCCAUUGCAUGGGUUGCUCACAGGAAUACCAAUGAUCUUGGCGUUGAAUGCUGCCUUAAAUACCCAAGAUAUUGAUAUCAACCUCCUCCAUCGAAUUGUCACAAUCAAAACAGUCAUUGCUCAUGUAUGGCUCGUAAUAGGACAAGUGUGGAAAUUACAAGAUCUUGUAAAUCUGGCUGAAAAGGCAAUCAAAAAUUUGUCUUCUUUUCCAAAUAAAGGUACCACUGAAGGUUUUCCUUUGGACUCGCAUACAUUGGGAAUAGACGUGGAUGAGGCAUUGAGCCUAGUUACAUCCUCACAAGCUGUUCAAGAGGCCUUUGGAAUGGAUCAAGAAGGAUUGACGAGGAGGGUCAUGGUCAAGUGGACCCCAGAACUUGCUCUUCGAGAUUUUGAGAAUUCUUCUGCAUAUGAGACUACUCUAAGAGGAGACGGCAUAUCCCCUCUAUUAAAAAUUUCGCCAGCUCUGAUGCACAUUGAAAAUAUUUCUUUGCAGAGUUUGACUAGAUCCACUCGUGGUCUCGGAGUCACUGACCUUAGAGAGGCAUUGGAGGGCCGAAGUAGCAUGUCGAAUCCAGCCCUUGCACGACCUCCAUCUGUUUCCACUCUCGACCAUGCAUCGUCGUCGUUUAUGGGAGGCGAUGCACAUCUACGGCUCACCCAAACUCGAUCCAGGUCACGAGCUGCAAAGAAGCGCCCGGGCCCUAGUGGUAAUGGUGAAGUUCGAGACGUGUUAGCUCGCCUCGGAAUCAGUAAGCAAAACAGUAACCUCCUCAAAUCAACCUUCCCAGCUCUUCAAAAAUCCAAUUAA